AUGCGCUCCUCGAUUGCGUUCUACCCAAACAGUUCUGAUAUUGUUUCUGGUGGGGUCACCAGAAACUCGCUUGAAGGGUUGGGCACCACCCAUAUCCAGAUUGAGGCAAUUAUCGUUUGCGUGACGAUUCGUUUUGGGAUCACCCAGGCCUCCCAGCAAGAAAUAGACUGGAGAGUGUGGGAUAAAGUGAGUGUAGGAUCCACCUGUAAAUGUCUCAACAGAGGACUUGGGGCAGGCGGGAUUUUAAACGCCAAUAUUGUUGAAAUACUGCUGCAGAGAGGUGUGAAAUUCUCAGAGGAGGCAAGCUCAAGCAGUCCUCUUGGAACAACUAUAAUCCUUUCGGCACACCAAUGGUCCUUGAAUUCGAACUUUCUCUUGACUUUCGUACGGGCACACACUAACGGGGAUUCUCACCUAAAACUCUCCCAGGAUUUUUCUAUUCAGGUAUCCGCCAAGAUACCAAAUUGGGAAAGCAUUGAAUUAUCCAGAGCUCGGAGCCCUGGAGUGUUUCAUUAUUGGAUCUAUCGCAAGCGCGCUUUUCGAGCAAACCAUUACGAAAAUAUGAUUUCGGGCAUAAAUUCGCACCUUCUUAGCUUCUCCCUACUUCUAACCAACUGUAUUUGGCUACAGACCUUCAGAUCUAAUCUCCACUGUUGUGGCCAAAUUGACCUUACAGGCGUAAUCCACAGAUAUUUUCCAGGGGUUUCAUUUCGGCGUUCGGGUUUAGGAGUUUAUAGGCUCAUGCUCGAGAUGUUCGAUUUUGGUUUUUAUUCAAGGCUUCGAAACGGCGCUCUCAUAGCAGCGCUAGCCAGGCGUUUCAAGGGCGGGAAUGGUUCAUUGGAAUCAGUGCCAUUCUUUGAUAUUUCCAGCUCUGAUCUAGGGGACUCCAAGGCUCAGGCCAUGACGGUCAGCAUUCAGCUUUUUGAAUAUGAUUCAUUAACGGACCUCAAAACUUUGAUCGGGAGUAGUGUAUCCAGUAGUCUUCGUAUGCGUUCCAUAGGAUACCAUGGCAACAUCUUGGAGUCCAAUACCGGGGAUCAUAAGUCAAUUUCCCUAAUCCGCGAGCGUAGAUUUUCUAGUUUCGGGCUCAGCCAUCGAAAUCUAGCGCUUGGAAGAACAAGAGACAUAGCAGCGCUUUCCGUAGAAACCCGUAGUGAAAGAUUCUUGAAACCACCGGUCUUCGUAGGGUUUGCAGUAUACUGCUCAACGUUUACAGUGUUCGUAGAGUAUUGGUCUUUGACUGAGGGGCUCCAGAGAUCUGCCGCCGUAGUUCUCCUUUAUCGUAGAAUUUUUAAGGUGCUCCAUAGAGAGUGA